AUGCCGGCGAAUUCCGGCCCAGAUCUGUCACAGUCAGCAAGUUCCGUCGAAAGUUUCCAGAUCAAUCCAAUCGAGGACCUCCAGCAGAGAUUGGCCAAAGUCGAAGAACUGCUUGGCGUGAGCUUAGGACGGAAGAGCUCAGAGACUGCCCACGUCGAGUUACCGAUCAGUUUGCCACCCCUUAUUCGGACUGAAACGGCGCAGACUUUCCAAUCAGACUGCUACGGAGAAGACUCCAGGAUUACGCUUCUCAAACAGUUUGUUGAGAUUAGAGACUUCCUCAACGAUAUGGGUGAGGAUGACCAGAUGAUGGCAUAUGUAAAACAAGUCAAAUUUCUACAAUCCAAGUACAGUGCCAUACCGGUCCCUCCCAGGAGCGUUAGCAAUUUCAACUGUUCGCAGGCGUCGAGGAAACUCUGGGAAUAUUUACCGCCCAAAUCAUACUGUGACAGGCUAGUCACGAUAUACUUUCGGUCUUUUGAGUGUUGCGUGCGUAUUCUUCACCGGCCAACCUUUAUGCGCCAGUAUGAAGAGCUAUGGCUGAGCGACAAUUGGGAACUGUGUUCACCCAGCAUCAUUCCGCAACUCACUGCUCUCCUGACCAUAGCGUACCACGUUGACGAUGCAACCCCCAAUGAUGAAAGUCAUAUAAAUUAUCUGGGAGGGGCUGCACUUGACCUAGUACAGACAUGGCUCGAUAGACUUGAUCGUAAACAGCGGACUGAGCUAUCAACACUCCAGGUCGAUAUACUCCUACAGCCUUCGCGCCAUUUCCGAGAACCAAACGCAGAAAAGCUGUGGAGUAAUACGGGAGCUAUCGUACGCUCAGCCAUGCUUAUGGGCCUGCAUUUGGAUCCGAAAGGCAUGAAAGAUAUCUCACCGUACCAACUGGAGAUGCGGCGACGGCUAUGGGCAACGGUCCUUGAAGUAGACCUGCAAACGUCCAUGUUGGUGGACUUACCCCUCAUAGUACCCGAGCUGAAUUCGUACCAUCCGGUACCGUCCAAUCUCAACGACGAAGACUUUGACGAACACACCAAGACGUUGCCAAUACCGCAUCCACUAAGCGACCUUACAGAUAGUCUGUUCCAGGUUUGUCUUGCAGCCGCUCUUCCAUGUCGCAUCAAAGCUGUAUCACUUAUUCAACGGUCCACUCCUGACACGAAAGACGUCCUGGAAAUAGGACGAAAGAUUGGGGAGUGCUUAUCGAGUAAGCCAGCGGCACUCUGCUUGCACUACAGUCAAUCGGCUCCCAGUGAUGGUUAUCUGUUCUCAAACCACGUUCAACUCGAUUUACACAUCCAAAGAACAUUGCAGUAUCUUUACAGGCCGCUGCUAUUCAAGGAGCAACCAUACACCACAGCACUUGCAGAGAUACGGAGACACUGCCUUGAGUCAACCAUGGUUAUACUCUCAUAUAACGAUCUCCAUAUGAGUAAGAACCUGACACCGGUCGUUAGCAAACCACUGAUGCGAAAAGACUUUUUCAAUGGCCUUUGGAAGGUAGACCUGCUAUGGGCUGGUCUCACAAUGUGCCAACUCAUCAGGUUGUUCCGCAUUCCUGUACCAACGGGCACACCCUACCGGGAAAGGGGACAUGACGAGAAUGUUCUUGUCAAGAUAGUGGAGAGGACAGUUGACUACUUUGUUGAUCGAAUCGGUCGUCAAGCGAGCGACUUGAAGGAGGUCCUCUUCCUAUCUCUGGCGCUCAAAUGGGUGCAAUUACCCCACUCACAACCAGACAAGCAUUACGAAAUGUAUCAACAUGCCAGACAGGUUCUGGCAACUUGUGUGGACCGGUUACUCCAACCGUUGAUAUCUCAGUCUGGCGAUCGACGCGACCCCCCAGGACAUUGCCCAUAUCUCGCAUCCCCGCCGACAAAGCGUCCACGUACGCUCCCUCCAUCAGCGUAUCUGGAUAGCAACGCAACAAUACGACCCAGCACCACAGGAGCAUCAGCCUACAUGCCGUUGCAUUUCUAUUCCGAAGCGAGCCGUACAAACGAGGCAGCGUCAUGGCUUACGUCUUUCCCCGCCCUGGCGGUAGGAUACUCGGACUACCGGAUCGACAUGUACGACAAUGCCUACGAUUCAUUUAGCUUUGGUGCUACGCAUGAUUGGAACUGGGGAAGCACGUGGCGAUGA